AUGGGGGUUAUGGCCACUACAAUAGGGAGCAAGCACACUCCAGGAACACUUCCGAGCUUACCAGCGAUCAAUCCACAAGGAAAGUGUCACGCCGUGCAGCUUCGCAGUGGGACCACAUACCAGCCACCACAAGCAGCGGACUUAGGCAGGGGAAGGAAGGAGAGAGAACAAGAGCCGACUGGUGACUCGCCAGCCACUGAUCAAAUCCAGCGGCCCGCUGCACAUUUCCACAACGGUCCGCCAGAAGCUUCCCAGCCACCCGAGCCCGGUUCGGACAUAGAUGCAGAACCAUCGCCAGCGGCCGCUGCACCACUUCGUAGUUGUCCGCUACCGGAGCAACAGUCCCCAGAUUCACAGUUUCCCAGCACUGUCACCUAUCCGUAUCCCCAUCGCUUGAAGAGUAAAAAGUUAGACGCCCAGUUUGCCAAGUUCUUGGAGGUCAUGAGUAAAGUCCACAUCAACAUCCCACUAGUGGAAGGGCUUCAACAAAUGCCUAACUAUGCCAAGUUCUUGAAAGAUGUGGUCGCUAAGAAAAGGAAGUGGGGAAAGUACGAGACAGUGGGCUUAACAGAGAAUUGCAAUGCUAUAGUUCAAAAGGGAUUACCCACCAAACACAAAGAUACAGGGAGUUUUACUUUAUCUUGUGUUUUGGGUGAUAAUGUAGAAGGUACGACAUUGUGUGAUCUUGGAGCAAGUAUUAAUUUAAUGCCCUUAUCUUUUUACAGAAAGCUCAACAUUGACAACAUCUGCCCCACCUCGAUUACCUUGCAAAUGGCGGACAGAAACACAACAACACCGAGGGGGAUUGUAGAAGAUGUCUUGGUAAAAGUAGGAGAAUUCAUUUUUCCCGCUGACUUUGUUGUGUUGGAUAUGCAGGAGGACAAGAAGGUGCCUUUAAUACUUGGGAGACCAUUUUUAGCCACCGGGGGAGCCAUGAUAGAUGUUCGAAAGGGGGAGCUAACACUGCGGAUGCAUAGUGAAAGUAUCACCUUCAACAUCUAUGACGCUUUGAAAUUCCAUGGGAAGGAAGGAGCAGAAGGCUAUCAAGAGUGUAGUGUCAUCCAAGUAGUCACGGAUUGUGUGGGGGAAGUGGAAGUCACAUACCACCAAACUCAGGACCCUUUGGAAUAUUGUCUCAUUAAUUCUUUCACUCCUACCACUGAUUUGUCUACAUGUGAGGAUAAUGUUUGUGCCAUGAUUGCAUAA